GUUCAAGCGUCCACGUAAACGAGAAAGUAAAAUAGCCGAGUACUUAAUUAAAAUUUUGAAGUGUUUGAAUAUAUAUUUAUUGCUGAAACAUAAAGCAUAUUAAUGAAAAGUUAAAUGAGCUUUAAAUGUGAUAUGGAAAAUGGACAGCUACAUGUUGAUUCUGUAUGUGACCUUAAAUCAGGAAGAAGCAAUUAGAAAGCUGUUCUAUGAAGAAGGAUGGAAGUAUAUCAAAGAAGAUGGAGAUUUAACAAUUGUUCGAAGUGAUGAACUUCAUGGAACUAUUUCUGCUGGUGUUAAUGAUGACAAUAGUGCAGAUGUUAGUACAUUCCAUUUUGAUGUUUCUUGCCCAGAGGAAAAUGAAAGUGGAAUUUUAAAGAGCACUAUUGAAACAUGUGGAGAUCAGAAUAGAAAUUGUAGCGUUGAAAACCGGGAUAAUGAUAUUGUAUACAACUGUAAUAACUUUAAAACUCAAUGCCAAAGCAACAACAUAGAAAAUGGUACUCAGCACAAGAAAAGUUUCACAGAAAUUAAAGUUAAUAGAACAGUAAAUGGUAAUGAUUGCCAUUAUGAUAAUGUUCAAGCUGAUUUUGUUGACAAUGGUAAACAAACUAGAUGUAAUGAAAACGAUAUGAAAGAAUAUUAUGUUAAAGACAUACAGGGACAAAAUUUUGAACAGGGUUCUGCAGAAGAUGGUUUAACAACGAACAAACAAGAUUCUGAUUGGGAUUAUUUAUCUGACAACGGACAAGAUGAUGAUGAUGUUAGUAAACUUAAAACAAAAACUGGACAUGAUUCGCAUUCUAUUGGGACAGAUGAAAGCUCUGUCGAUAAACUGAAACAUUUGAUAUCCAGAGGAAAGCUGUUAUCCAUCGAAAACAGAAAGAGACUAAAACAAGAAAGAAAAGCUUUACGACCAGCAAAAAAGCGCAAAAAGUUGGAUACAUACAAAUGUAAAAUUUCAUCGAAAAAGAAGCCAACCUUCUGCUCUGAUUGUAAAGUUACAUUCACGUCACAGAACCGAUAUGAUAAACACAAAGAGCGUAAUGGUGGACAGUGCGUUUUUCCAUGCCAGUAUUGUGAUAAAGUUUUCUUGUAUAGGAAAUCACGCUACGAUCUCCAUGUGAGAUCAGCACACUCUAAAGAACGUCCUUUCAAAUGUGAUGUAUGUCAGAAAGGGUACAUAACUUCUGAUAAACUGAAAAUCCACAAGCGUGUUCAUACUGGUGAGAAGCCAUGUGUUUGUGAAGAAUGUGGGAAAGCAUUUUACAGUCGUGGAGACCUGUCUUCACAUCGGGAGUACCAUCAUAUAUCGAAGGAGAGACAAGAUAAUCUGACAUGUGACCUCUGUAACUUAACCUUCUGUAACCAGCGUUACCUCACAUACCAUAAAAAUGUUACACACAGUACAAGACGCGACUUCCAUUGUCAGACGUGCUCGAAAAGCUUCAAAAGUAAUUCAUCAUUAAAACGUCAUCUCAAAUAUAUACAUUCUGAAGUGAAGAAUUUCAGAUGCGAUGCUUGUGAUAAAAGUUUCAAAACUGCAGGAUCGUUGAAAAAGCAUAAAGUCCGACAUGGAGGGGAGAGAACUUUCUUCUGUACGGAGUGUAACAAAGGCUUUUAUGAGAAAGCCAAACUUGAUCAACAUAUUCGUACACACACCGGAGAAAAACCUUACAGUUGUCAUCUGUGUGAAUACAAAUGUGCGCUCUCAGGAAAUCUCAGUAAACAUAUGAAAACUCACUAUAGAGAGUUAACAAACGCUGUGUUAUAACGUGCUUCCACAAGUUGUCACAAUCUCAGGACUCCUUUUUUUUCACAUUUGUAGCAUUGGUUUUCAUUGGUCAGUCAUGAUGUUUUUAUUUUCUAUAUACACUGUCACAGCUACUUCAAAAAAAAAUUUUUUUUUUCUCUGAUUAAAUCUUUCAUGCAAUUUUUAAUACUUUUUUCACAUUUGUAACAUUGAUUUUCAUUGGUCAGUCAUGAUGUUUUUAUAUGGCCCCAUAGGAAAGGUUGUUUGCUUACAUGUAUAUAGCUUAAGCAGCUAGGUUAUGAUAGUUCAUAUAUACAUAAAAAUUCCUAAAAAAUAAUUUUUUAAAUCGACGUUACACAUGUGCACUGCAGUAUUAUAAGGCAAUUUAUAAAGGCUCAUUUGCUCUCAACUGUUCAUGACACACCAUUUAACCUGUCAAAAAUCUUCAUUUAACUAAUGAUAUAAUAUUUAUAUACUUGUAAUAUUUAUCACAUUAUACAAGUGUUAAUGUCAGAAAUAGAAGAUAUUGAAUGAGUGUAUAGGUUUAAUACUAAAUUUAUUGAACAAGUUGAAUAAAAUCAUAUUAUGCAAGCCUCUGGUGAGCAUAAUAUUGUUUUAUUCUACGAGUUCAAUAAAUUUAGUAUUGAAUCUACACAAAUAUAAUAUUCUAUUUAUCACAUAAUAUAAAUAAGAACGGUAAACUGUUAAAAAGGGUCAUUUUAAUUGACGCUCCUAUAUUGUAACGCUAACAUUAACGCGCUUUAACGCUAUGUUUAUAUAUAACGCAAAUGACGUCACGUCAGUGUUAUUACACUAGUGUAAUAUGGUUUUUAGCUUGACUAUUCGCAGAAUAAUCGAGCUAAUGCAGUCACCCAUUUGUCGGCGUUGGCGUCCCUGUGGUUAAGUUUUUCCAUGUAAGCUGGUAUCUCCAUAACUACUGAAGGGAAUGGAUUGAAACUUCACACACUUGUUCUCUGUGAUUAUCUUAGAUGAUUGGCACAAGUCCCAUAACUCUGAUUUGCUUUUUUACAUAAUUAUGCCCCUUUUUCGACUUAGAAAUUCUUGGUUAAGUUUUUGCGUGUAAGCUGGUAUCUCCAUAACUACUGAAGGGAAUGGAUUGAAACUUCACACACUUGUUCUCUGUGAUUAUCUAAGAUGAUUGGCACAAGUCCCAUAACUCUGAUUUGCUUUUUUACAUAAUUAUGCCCCUUUUUCGACUUAGAAAUUCUUGGUUAAGUUUUUGCGUGUAAGCUGGUAUCUCCAUAACUACUGAAGGGAAUGGAUUGAAACUUCACACACUUGUUCUCUGUGAUUAUCUAAGAUGAUUGGCACAAGUCCCAUAACUCUGAUUUGCUUUUUUACAUAAUUAUGCCCCUUUUUCGACUUAGAAAUUCUUGGUUAAGUUUUUGCGUGUAAGCUGGUAUCUCCAUAACUAAUGAAGGGAAUGGAUUGAAACUUCACACACUUGGUCUCUGUGAUUAUCUAAGACGAUUGGUACAAGUCCCAUAACUCUGAUUUGCUUUUUUGCAUAAUUAUGCCCCUUUUUUGACUUAGAAAUUCUUGGUUAAGUUUUUGCGUGUAAGCUGGUAUCUCCAUAACUACUGAAGGGAAUGGAUUGAAACUUCACACUCUUGUUGUCUGUGAUUAUCUAAGAUGAUUGGCACAAGUCCCAUAACUCUGAUUUACUUUUUCGCAUAAUUAUGCCCCUUUUUCGAUUCAUAAAUUCUUGGUUAAGUUUUUGUGUGUAAGCUUGUAUCUCCAUAACUACUGAAGGGAAUGUAUUGAAACUUGAAGGGUUUGUACCUUUUCAGACAAUUUUAUGUAUUCAUAUAGGUAAGCAUUAUUAUACUCAAUGAAACACCCUUGUGACAAAUUUUCGAAUAGUCGAGCGUUACUGUCCUCCGACAGUUCUUGUUUAGACUUUAAACUGAAGUUCAAUGCAUUUAGUGUUUUUCAUUUCAAAAUUCAAGGUAGGUUACACCUACUUACGGAUUAUUUGUAGAAUUUCUGCACCACUCUUAUUUAUUGUUUUGAAAAUAAUUAUAUUGUUAUGUCAUUUGAGAUCUGUUUUGCUCUUUUAUAUAUUAAUAAUGAUAAUUAUCUUUUAUGCAGUGCAGUUAUUGUAUUAAUUUUUCUGUAUUUGAUUUACUCUUCUCAAAAUUUAUUUGUAGAAUAUCAGCUUUUAGGGAACAUGGAAACAGCCUUGUUACAAAAUUCCUAAAAUAGCUUUUAGGCAAAUUUGAUUUUGUGUUAAAAAUCUCAAUACUAUAUACAUACAAUUGUUUACUAUACUCAUUAUUAUCUUUUAUAUAUUUUACAGCAGUUUUAUUUGCAUCAUAUUCUUGAAAUCAAAUCAUUUUUUAAAAGUAUUUUUGCAUUUAUUGUUGCACUUGUUAUUACAUAUUUAAAAAUGUGACUACACUUAUUUAGUCGUUUCUAAAAUAUCUCGUAUAGAA